AUGGGCGGUACUGCAGUCUGCCUACGAUUAGCCAAGUUACAGCUUGGCCUGUUGUUGAUAUUGUUGUCUUCUGCCGCCUGUCACAACAAGCUACGGACCAUAUCCGCGCUUCAAGUUUAUACCAGUGUGAGUAUGUGUGCGUUGGAUUCCCAUGUUCUGAACUUCCUCGCGCUUUUAGGUGGCUCGCUGGGGAAAAUCGCCCUCGACGUCAUCGUCAUGUCGUCCAACGAGCUGGGCGAGGUCUCAGAGCCAUCUGUGCCCCUGCGCGGUGCGUCGUCCACCAUGCCGCAGAAACGCAAACCCAUCUCGAGCAAAGUCAUCCUCACCCCGUCCAAGCUGCUGCGUGCCCAUGCCAGCCUGGGACUCGAUGUCAUGGUUGUCGAUUUUGAGCGUGCGUUGGGGCCGUGGCACCGCGAGUGGGUGGCCAUACCCGAGGCUUUCGUGCUUGCCGUUGGCGCCCUGUACCAGGCCAGCUUCGCCCUGGGCAGCCUAAUGGUCAAUACCGAUGCUUUAUUCGCAAUCUAUGCCCUACGCGAUGUCUAA